AUGAUUAAAAAGCGAAAAAUUAUUGAAAAUAAAGCUGCUAAAAAAGCUAAUUCGAAAAAAGCUACCAAUGCACAAACACCAUCUACAUUAUCAACUGCAUCUACUGAUAGUAUAUAUAAUCGAAAUAUAAUCACUAUAACAACAGCCAAUAUGCAAAGUAUUUCAUUACCACCUGUUACUUAUAUGUUACCAUCGACUACUCAAUUAAAUUACAAAAUGUGCCGUCAGCUCAAUAUCAAUUAUGUUUUAAUUUUAUUCAACCAUUAG